AAACGCGGACGACCGCGCGCUCCGAAGAACGCUUUCUCGCGAGUUGACUCCGGGAUGGUGCGAUAACGGUGUUCUUGUUUUAUUUCUUCAACGCAAAAAAAAAAAAAGCAACUCUUUUGUGCCUGGAUUUAUACCAACACUGCAGCGCUCCGACAACUGGAGCACUCUCGAUCGUCGGAUGCUUGGCGACACGGCCGGGCGUAGCGGAGGACCAGCCCUGCGGCCCUGCCAGCCGAGGAGACCCGGGGCCCGAUGCGGCUGAGCCAGGCAGCCUGCCUCCUGGUCCUCCUCUGUCUCGGCCCGGAUCCGCUGCCCGCCCACAACGUCCGAUGGGCCAAAGGCGCCAGUCCCCCGGUUCAUCUGCGGACUCUGCAGAGGCGGCACUCCAGGACCGACGCGGGGUCCUCGGACAACGAGGUCUUGCCUCCGCCCACGGUGUCGUCGUCGGGGUCUCCCGGCGACGGCGGCGGGCACACGGGCCCGGUGUCUCCGGGCACGGGUCCUCCUCGGCUCACGACCGGCGUGCUCGGGACCCUGUUCGGGACGCGCAACGCCAGCCAGCCCUUGGCCAACGUCGCCGCCACGGAUCCCAGGAUGCCCGCUCCUGCCAACGGAACACGGGCGCAACAAGGUGACCCGUCCGACCCUGUGUUCCGCGGCUGGAGCCAGAGCCCCGCCGAGCAGCACCGCCAAGACGAGUCGUCCCCGCACGGCGGAGGGCCCCACGGGGGCGCCCUGGCCUCGUCGGACCCCCUGGAGCGCCGGCGCGCCCAGUGCGCCGCCGAGCGCGAGCACGAGCACGGCCACUCGGGCGUCACGGUGGCCAGCAUCCGCUGGCAGUUCGUCAGCAUGCCCUUCGUCUUCACAGUCUUCAUCAUCCUCGCGGGACUCACCAAGCUGCUUUUCCACCACGCCAACUUCUUGUCUUCGAUCGUGCCGGAGUCCUGCAUGCUGAUCCUGCUGGGAACCCUCGUGGGCGGCAUCUCGCACUUCACGGACUCGGACUACGUGCCCACCUUCUCGCCGGACACUUUUUUUCUCUUUCUGCUUCCACCAAUCAUCUUGGAAUCGGCUUACUCUCUUCACGACAGUGCCUUCUUUAGCAAUAUCGGAACUAUCCUGUUGUUCGCAGUGCUGGGUACAGUAAUAAAUGCCUUCACAAUAGGUCCAAGUUUGUACUUCUUGAGCAACGUGGGAGCCAUCGGUCUGUCGGAUCUGGACCUCCUCGAGUGCCUUGUGUUCAGCUCCCUCAUCUCGGCCGUCGACCCGGUGGCCGUCCUAGCAAUAUUUCAAGAGGUGGGGGUCAACAAAGUAUUGUAUUUCUUAGUCUUCGGAGAGUCUCUACUUAACGAUGCUGUCACGGUCGUCCUGUACAACAUGAUGGUCGGUUUUUUCGGUAGCGACAUCACGGCCAGAGAGAUCGGCGUAGGUUUCGCCGCCUUCCUCUCGGUGAGCACGGGAGCCUUCGCCAUUGGGUGCAUCAUGGGAGUGAUCACUGCCGUGGUCACCAAGUACACGCACGACGUCAGAGUUGUUGAACCUCUGGCAGUCCUGGGCAUCGCGUACCUCUCCUACCUCACGGCGGAGUUGGUGCAUUUUUCGGGAAUCAUCAGCAUCAUCUGCUGUGGACUGGUGCAAGUCCAGUAUGCCAUGGGAAACAUCUCGCGAAAGUCCUACACCACUGUCAAGUACUUCACCAAGAUGCUCAGCGCCGUGUCGGACACGGUGAUCUUCAUCUUCCUGGGCAUCGUGCUGGUGAACAAGAAGCACGUCUGGAACACGGGAUUCGUCGUCUGGUCCACGGCGCUCUGCCUUGUCUACCGCUUCCUCACGGUCUUCGGGUUAACUUACUUAGUGAACACGUUCGGGCGGAUCAAGAAGAUCAAUUUGGAGGAACAGUUCAUUAUGGCGUACGGCGGGCUGCGGGGUGCCGUCGCCUUCUCGCUGGUGAUCAUGCUAAGCACGUGCAAGUUUGUCAACUACGAGAUGUUCGUCACCACCACGCUCGUCAUCGUGCUCUUCACCGUCUUCAUCCAGGGUGCCUCCAUCAAACCUUUGGUAAACUUGCUCAAGAUUCGACUGCAACAAUCAGAUGGUGACAAACUCAUCACUGAAAUCAACAGCAAGCUGGUGGACAACAUCAUGCUUGGAAUUGAAGAAAUCACGGGUCAUCGAGGGGGCAACUACUGGAAGCAAUUCAUGGAGCAAAUCGACGAGAAGUACCUGAAGCCAUACCUGCAGCACAAGUCGGCUCAAGACAGCCUCACGAGGGUUUACACAAAAGUGGUCCUAGCGGAUCACUAUGCCCAUCUUUAUGGCCCUGCUGCUGCAUUAGAAGAAAAUAUUUCUCUAAAUAUACAACAGUCCUUCGACGAUGGGACGCUAGACCUCCUAACCGAAGAGCGGCUCGAAGAAGAAGCGGUGGCCGAAGAUGAAGAAGAGGAUGCAGAGGGGGAGGACAAGGGCCUGCUCUUUCAUGCCGGUGGAGACCGCAAGGCGUCCAUCGCGGUCCGCGACCAACCGGCCCCGAGGCGUGUGCGCUUCACGCGAUUUGCGGACCAGGUGCGCGCCGCGUCGCAGAGCGCCGAGGGGCCCGCCGAGAAACGCCGGCACACGGUCGGGGCCAUGUUUUCGAGGUCCUUCCACCAGGAUUCGGUCGAGGAGGAAGACCCAACCAAGCUCCUGGUGAAGGCACUCAACGAAAACCCCUACCUCAAGUACCACCAGCGCUACAACAGGAACUUGGUGGGCGACGACCACCAGGAGCUGGAGGCGCACCUGAGGGCGAGGCGACUGCGCGCUCACCGACUGACCCUGGCCACCAUGGCCAGCGAGAUGAGCUCGGCCGAGAUGAGCGUCGAGGGCAGUCGCGGAAACCUGGCCACAUCGCCUGCUGCGCAGGUGCCAGGCUUUGCCGCGGACGGGGCGGACCGUGCCGCGGUUACCGUCGCCGCAGCGGCCGCGCUCUCGGCGGGCGUCGAGCAGCUGGCGGACGGGCGCCCCUCGCAGGUGCAGUACCGCAGGGGCUCCACCUCGGUGCAGAAGAGCGCCUACACCUGGCUCAGCCUGGCACACCGCAGGCGCUCCCUCAUGCGCAGGCAGAGGUCCGGCUCCUCCAUGGACAACCGAAGCCUCAGGCCGAGCCUGAAGUUGGAGCGUCAGAGUGCAGUGACAGAAGAUGCGUCGGACGACAACGCAGACCACCCCAAGAGCGACACCAGCUCGAGACAAUCCCGCGAGGGCAGCCAGGCACCGACCGAGCCACGGGAGCCUCCGGAGCCCAAGUCUCCCGACGAGAAGACCAAAGAGACUUCUUUCUAGCAGAAAAAGCGCUAGUCUUCUGCAAAGUGCUCGCGCAUCUCUCUGUUUCCGGUUUUGUUGGUUUCCCUUUCCCCGGUUGGGUGUUGCUUUUAAAGUGUAACUUGUCCCUCUUGCUUGUUUGCUCGAGAGUCUGUCCCCCCCUCCCUCCCCCCUCCCUAGGACAGCAGUCUGCCGCAAACUUGAGUGGAGCACUCGAAUGAAUCGUAACAUUGGGGUCAAAGCAUUUGUUUCAGGAUAGAAACCGGGUUUCAAAGAACUAAUUUUUACAUCUAUAGAAAACAGGGCAUGAGAUAACCGUAGAAGUUUUGUUUUAACGUCGAGUGUGCAAUCUAAAUGAACAGUAUUAGGGAGCACCUUUUAACCCCAAUUUGAUUUUAAAAGGGGGCAGCCUCGCUUUAGGGGGAGUAGCUACCGAUCUUAACGGGCACAGUGUUUAUGUUGUGUUCCAAUAAGCAUCACACUCGAAAAGAGUGAGUGUUCGAGUGCUCUGGCCAAGCUCGGUGGCAGAUUGCACCUUGAAGUGGAGAAACGGCUCUGCCCCAGAGCACAGAGUCGUUUUGUAGGUUUUUGACUCGCAGCACCGCGAGUCCCACUUCGGUUGAUUACAAAUUGCCUCCCGAGCGGACGAAACGAAGCUAUAGGUCCCUCGGGGCUGCUAGGGUUUCACCAUGCGCGCAAACAAUAUGCCUUCUAUUCUUUGGAUAACGUCGUCAAGUCAACGCGGAGAGCCCAGCGCACGUUUGAACCCGAACUGAAAAUGCGUUCCAGGCGCGUCACAUCGUAGUCCUAUUCAACUUUACGUAGCGUUAGGAGAUAGGGAAUAUGAAGUUUUUUCCAAGAGUAGAAGUAUUCUACCGACCUAGGCCGUCUAAAGAGCAACCCGUGGUCCAAUCGCAGAGGAAGGGUAUGUCUAUAUUCUCUAUUGUUCAGCAAUAUCAAAGAUUGCUUCGUUUUGUAUGUGCUUUUAGUUGAACUUUCAGCGGUGCAAUCCGUGUUUAAGAGAAAGAGUAUAAUCCAUCGUCAUUUUUCUGUGCCCAGAAGAAGCAAAGCGGAAGGACAAAAGUUGAAAAUACUAAGCGGAAUUUUUUUUCGGGUGUGUGCAGGACGGGCAUUACAUUCCGAAUCAACGUUAAAAACUCUGGCACACCUUCCGUUGAAUGUGUAUGUGCAUGUGCUCGUUGCUUUUGAUCUUAGUGUAUUGUUUGUUAUGUACAUAAAAAAAUCAUUAAAAUUUUCUAUGCAA